GCCGGCGCCUUCAGUCUCCUCCUCCGCCGCCUCCCGGUUCCGCAGUCACUUCCUGCAGCUGUUUCCCUGUGGGUCCGGCUGGACUGACUUUUGACAGUCAGCCUUCAGCUGCGGAGGGGGCUCAGCGGGACUGGCGAGAAAGUUGCGCGGAGGGCGGCGGAGUUGAACCGGGCCGCGCCGGGUGCGCAGGACGGACGGCGGCGGGCGUCCCGGGCAGACGCGGCGCCCAGCCUCCCGGCGCGUCCCGGGGGUUCCGAUUUGAAGACCCGACGUCUCGUCACCCAUUGGAUUAUGCCCAAGGCUUUCCUACCCAAUGAUCCUCUUGCAACACGCCGGGCUGCCUCCGCCUAAGCGGCCCUCAUCCUCUCCUCCUAUGUCAGUGGCCGCGAGGUCCACAGGAACCUUGCAGCUUCCACCGCAGAAGCCUUUUGGGCAGGAGGCUUCCUUGCCUCUGGCAGGGGAAGAAGAGUUACCUAAGGGAGGGGAGCAAGACACUGCCCUGGAGGAGCUAUGUAAGCCCCUGUACUGCAAGCUCUGCAAUGUCACCUUGAACUCAGCACAGCAAGCCCAGGCUCAUUAUCAGGGUAAAAAUCAUGGUAAGAAACUCCGAAAUUACUAUGCAGCGAACAGCUGUCCUCCUCCUGCCAGAAUGAGCAAUGCCGUGGAACCUGUGGCUACUCCAGCUGUUCCAGUCCCUCCGCAGAUGGGCUCCUUUAAGCCAGGAGGCAGAGUGAUCCUGGCCACAGAGAACGAUUACUGUAAGCUCUGUGAUGCCUCCUUCAGCUCUCCGGCUGUGGCCCAGGCUCACUAUCAAGGGAAGAAUCAUGCCAAGAGGCUGCGGCUGGCGGAAGCUCAGAGUAACUCAUUCUCAGAAUCCUCAGAGGUCGGUCAACGGCGGACCCGGAAAGAAGGGAAUGAAUAUAAGAUGAUGUCUAAUAGGAGAAAUAUGUAUGCAGUACAGAAUCAUUCAGCAGGUCCUUACUUCAAUCCCCGCUCUCGGCAGAGAAUUCCACGUGAUCUGGCCAUGUGCGUUACUCCAAGUGGCCAGUUUUACUGCUCCAUGUGUAAUGUUGGGGCCGGCGAAGAAAUGGAAUUUCGACAGCAUUUAGAAAGCAAGCAACAUAAAAGCAAGGUGUCUGAACAGCGGUACAGGAAUGAGAUGGAGAAUCUGGGAUACGUAUAGUGGUGUCGUAUUCAGAUAGAGCAGCUUGUCCUGCCUGUUGUUUGCCUUCUGUCAACAUGCCCUGCUUUGUGGUUCUUUUGAUAUGAGUACAUUCCUCUGCUUAAUGUUAAUACACGUAACCUGCAGUGGUACCACGAGGUGUCAGAACUGGGGAAGGAAGAGAACAUGCUUAAGUCAUGAUGCUUUUUCAGGUCAGUUGUGUCGAGCUACUUAAAGCCUGUAACCUGCCUACCCCAUGAGAAAUACCUUUUUAUCUCGACCAAGUUCUGGUCAACUAGUAGCCUGACCACUUAGAGCUUUAACUAUUUAAAAACUUCAUCUUCUUUUGCAAUUUUAGUGUUAUGUACUGUUAAAUAAAUAAUUUUAUUGAGUUCUUGCUUCAGAUCAUAGUAGAAACAGGUAAGCAAAGAUUUUAGUUUCCCAGGGCGUCUUUGGAAUCACCACCUCAACUCAGUGCAUUGCCAGUAGGAUAUACUAUGUAAACUGCAUUAGAGUCUUUCCCAGAACAGUUUUUCUGUUUAUCAUGUCCUCCAAUUAUUGACAUGCAGGUUUUCUUGGAUUCAGACAGUUCUAAUGUGCUUGUGUACUUGCAAAGAGCAAAACUUCAUUUCCAGUUGUGAAUUUCACAAAUUUAAAUUACAUUCACCAUCUUCCCUCCUCUUUUUCUCCCCCCAGUUGAAUCAGCUUAUCCAAUAAGCUCAUUUUCAUGCCCCAGCUAUGUUGUGGGUUUCCCAAGCCCCACAUUUGAAUAUCCAAUGAGUUUAGGAUAGAUAUGAUUUAAAAUAUAUAUAUAUAUGUUUUUUUCAGUUGGUUUUAGGAAAUGAAAUGUGCUUGAUUUUUCAAUUUUGAGAUACUUCAUGAUUAUAACAUGUACUUAUAUGAUAGUCUCAACCAUAAGUUCAGAUUCCUUCAUGUUUGUUUUGGUAGACUUUUUAGAUAAACAGGUCCUUACAUUUUACUUACAUUCUUCUUGUCUUGCUAGUUUGUUGACUGUCCUGAAAAUAGCACUAUUUUACUAUUUCUGAGAUAGAGAAGAAUUUUUUUUAAAAGUUAAUCAAAUUUUAGUACCAACAUUUCCAGCAGAGAAAUACCUGAACUUUGGCAUUAUUCUUUAUAAUGUAGCUUCUUUGACGAUAAUAAAAAUAUAUUAUAGAUUACUUUCAUAUCUGAUAAUUACAACAGUAUUAUUAUUUUUGUUUUUUGUUUUUAAAAUAAGAAGCUCUAGUGUUAUAUCUAGAUAAACCAGUGGAGGACUCUAUGAACUUCCAUUAACCAUAUUUGGCCUGUUUACUGUAUUUACAUGGAUAAGACUGGUGCUCAUCCAUAUUUCUUUUGAAAGACCCUGUUCACCAGGAAGUUUAUAUCGAGCAGUAUCUUUGCACUAUGGUAAAUUUACUUUUGAUUGCUUAUAUUACUAAUUAAAAAUAAAACUCCUAUUUUUUCCUUAAAAAUUCUAUAGGUAAGGAGAUGAGGAGAAGGAAAAUUAUAAUCAUCAUUCCUUUCCUUUAGUACUUCUGAACCAUUUUUGAAUAAUCUAGACCCAUAUUUAAAAUGGUUUUGUGAUUAACCUCUGGUACACCAUCAAGUUUCCCUUCUGUUGAAGUAGUGGUGUUUUGAAAAGUAGAAAUGCUCAGUAAUUUUAUUUUCUCCCAGAAACAGAAGAAUGAAAUAAUAUUCUGUUGAGUUUCUAUCUAGACCCAUGACUCUUAGUAUGAUAACCCUUUUUGCAAUAAUCUAUAAAGUAGAAUUGAUUAUUUUAGGGCAAUUUAGAGCUUAUCUUGUUGGUCAGUAGGUUACUCAUUUUGCUGCUAAGUAUAAUUUUUUGGUAGGUUUUCAUAUGACAGUGCUGGCCACAUGAUUCUAUGAUUAUUUAAAAGUCUCAUUUUUUCCCCUCUCUCUCUGUACAUGUAACUAUAUAUAUGUAUACACAUGUAUAUGUGUGUGUAUAUAUAUAUUUAUAUACAUAAACACACAUAUGUAUAAAACUAUGUAUAUAUAGUUUUAUGUGAUACCUUAGAGAAGAUUUCAUUGAAUCCUUAGAUAACAGUAAAAGAUUGUGGAUAAGAAUUUACAUUUUAUAAAAGUGGCAUUCAUCCAUUUUCAGUUUUUCCUUUGCAAAUAAAAUUAAAGGAAGGAUUCCCUCUACUCUUCCUCACUUAACAGUGUCAUUAUAUGUAUAUAAUAGCAGUGGACUUAAGGCCGUGAUGUUUUUCCUGGCCUUGCAUAUUCAGGUUUCUAGUCUCUCAGUGCCCUUAAUGAAUGUUAUAAAUGCAUAAACGUAUUUUCUUUUAAAGAAAAAAGUUAGAUUUAUGGUGUUAUUUCUUACUUGUUAUAUUUCUUUGCACUAAAAAAGAGUGAUGUGUUUGUUUUAUAUGACACUUUAGAUACCAUAUUGCCUACAAUAGCUGGGUUUGCUCUUUAAUUUCCAAACUCUAGGAAGUUGAUAAAUAACUUCUAUGAUCUCUAUGACAGUGGGUUAUGUUUUGGGCUUGUUACCUUGCAAUAUUCUCCUGUGUUCCAUAGGUGAAACAAAGGGUGACAGAGGUGUCAGAAAGGAAAUGCCUAAAUAAAUACAUCUCUGCAUGGUAGAAUUUCUCAUAUUCAUGCAUUCCUUACAGACAGUGUUUUUUUUCCCUGUCAAAGAAGGCUGUUGUUACUACUGCAGUCAGUGAUAUGUGAUCUCAGUUGGUUUCAUUUAGUGAAAUCGAGUCCUGCUCUGUAAUGUGCUUUAAAAUUUGCACCCUGUGCUCCCCAGGAAUCAUGUUAGUAUCUUUUUAUAUUCUGUACACAAGGAUGGACAGAGGCCUAAAUGAUGGUAAACCUUUAGUCAAAUAAGUAGAUUGCAGUAAUCGUCUGCAAGAAGAACUCAGAGCAUCAAAGUCUCUUUUUCUCUGUGAAUAUCUUUGUGUAAGUUGUCAUUGGAAAACCAAUUUUCGAAGAUAAAAAUUAGAAACUCUUCUAAGAUAUUGAGGGCAAGAAGUUGUAAAGGAAAAAUUUUGGUGUUCCAGUUAAAAGAUUGGAUUGCUUAUGCCUUCGAAGCGUUUUAUCCAAAAUGUUCAGCUACAGAACUGAGCAUGCCAUGUAAUCCUUUUGACCCCGCAUUGAACGGAAAAUACUUUGUUGGUCUUGUCUUUGCAUAUGAUGUACAACUUGUAAAUAUGUGCACGUUUAUGACGUUUGUCUGCUUGUCUCUUAUUGCACUGAACUCUGCAAGGUGAAUAAUUGUUUUAUACCAUUCAUUUAGAAAAAGUUCUUCCUCCAGCUCUUCCUCCCUAUUGCCCCUUUUCAUUAGUUGGUAAACUUAGAAAACCAUUUAGAGUUGCUGAAACCCUGAGAUGGAGUGAAGAAUCAUGGCUGUCAGAGAUCAUCCCUAUGUCCCUCUGACUUAAAACAGCUGAAAGGAAAGCAUGAGAUCUUCCACCUUAUUUUGCAGAGCUGUUCUGCAAUACUGGUGUGUUUGCUUGUAGCUAUCCCUCUAUACUUGGGACCAGGAUAAAAGGAUAUAUGUAUGUAUCUAUAUGUGGUUACACCUUCCUCUGUAGAGGGACUGGAAGGAUUAGUGGUGGGAUUAAUGACUCCUUCACUUCUGGACUGGCUGGGCCUGUGAGCAGCGGCAGCUUGAGGGCUCUCCGGUGACCCGUGUGAAACAAGUCUCGCUUGUCUCAGGGGACACAUGUAAGCGUUCUGCAUAAUGUCCUCUACAGAGAGGCCUAGGAGUGGUGGAUUUGGAACCUAAUCUGUUUUGCUUCCUCAGUGUCAGAACAUAGGCUGGAAGUACCUUCUAAAAAACUUGGUGGGGUGUAUACUAAAGACAACAGAGCUGCUUUAGAAAUAGAGAAAUGUUUUGUCAGUAUAGGCAAAAAUUUAAUGCAGGAUUUUGAACAGAUAUUUUAUAAAAAUAUUCCACUUUACCAACCUUUCUUUCUUUCUUUCUUUCUUUCUUUUUUUUUCGAACCAGCCACAUCACCGUGUUCAGGAGUUUCAUGCAUAAGAAAGAAUGUUUUAUUGUUGCUUUAGUUAUCUUGGUGGUGGACCCCUGCCUUUGUGAGCUGUUACUAUUAAUCUAACUGAAUGGACAAAUAGCUGUGUAAAUAGCUUCUCAUGUGAUAUUUCUACUGAUAGCUGUUUGACUUUGUCUUCUUGUUAUGAAUGGGAGGAUCAUUUAUCAACUCCCUUUCUGGGUAGCUACCAAAAAAAAUACUGGUUUAUGGUCCCAUGUGACCCUGUCUUUGUUAAGCCCAGAAUAUGAGUGCCUUUAGCAAAUUUUAGCAUUUCACAGAGAGAAGAGAUGAUAGAAUUACUUCCAUUAAUCACAAUUCAUAAAACAGGAGCUUGGAAUAACAAAGCUUUGUGUGAAUUCUAUGUUCAACAUCUUUUUUUUUUUUCUUCUUCAUGCAGUCUCAAUUUGAUAUUGAGUAAAGCUGUAUCAUUAUUGACCAGGAACCAUACAUCCUGAAAGUGAAUCCAGUUGUCUGAGGCUGGCAACGUCAUUUUUUUUUUUUUUUUCACCUUGAUCUGUGAUGCAUUUAUAUUCAUUGAAUAGUAGUGUGGUAGAUUGGGACAGCUUGAUAUUGAAGUUUGGAAAAACUUUAUUCCAGUGGCUUUUUCAAACUUAUACUGUAGAGAGGAUAGAAUUAUGUAUUUGCAAAUGAAGUGUGUGAAGAGACUAUCUUACACAAUACUGACUAAUUGUGCUAGUUCAUCUCUACAUUAAAAACAGGAGUCUUCACAAAUCAGGUUCAGAGUGUCUUAAAGCAAAAUUUUCCCUACUUCAGUUAAUUUAACAUUCUAAAUUGCCUGAGUCCUUCAAGUCUUUCAAACACACUGCUAAAUUAAUUUUACUGUAGAAAUAUUAACAUUUUUUUUGACAUUUUAUUAUGAAAAAUUUUAAACAUAGAAUUGAAGAAUUUUACAAUACACUACCACUAGAUUCUACCAUCAACAUUUCCCAGUACUUGUAUUACUGCAUAUCUGUCUAUCCCUCUAUUUACCCAUCAAACAAUGGAGUUUUAAAAAAGUGGAGAUUUUAAUGUAAAUUUCAGACCUUUCCUUAAACACUUCAGCAUUAAACACUGACAGCAUAGGUGUCAUUAACUAUAGUUUAAUAUUUGUUUGUUAUUAACAUCUUUUAAAAAGCAGUGUAUGAAGUUGAUAACCUGAGCCAAUUAACGUACGUCUUUUUCUCCUGUGGACUUUAGCCUUCCCGUUUCGGUUUUUGUAUGUACUUAGAGUUGAGGGACGGUGACUCCUUUUCAAACUGAAGUUUUCUGAUGUUGGUCGUUUUUAAUGCUAAUUAUACAUUUUGAAGCUUCAUGGUAAGAAUUUUUUCUUUCCGCCUUCUCUUAUGAUGUAUUUCUGCUGAAACUAUGCAGCUUCUUUAGAAAACUGUAAAUUACUGAUUGGGGUUUAUUAAAUCAGCUUAUACCUCAUUUCAACCUACUGCUGCUUUUCUCCGUGACAUCACUUCUCCUUUUACUACUUUCGCAUGUUCUACCAGAAAGUAGAGAGGAGUAAAGAGUCAGCACCAUAGACGAUUAGCUGUCUUAAACGACUCUAGAAGAACAGAUUGAGUGGUUUAGAAAGUUGAAACCAUUAAUUUAUCUAAAGCCUUUGAAUUCCCUGAGAAGUGUAAUUGCGCAUGCUUUCUCUCAGCCAUAAUCAGCAGGAUUAAAAAUGAUUGUACUGUACAAUGAGUUGCUGAAAUUGUGAGCCUUAGUAACCACCUUUAGCUUUACUCUAGUACUGUUUAGGAAAAAAAUUUGACAUAUGCCUCUAUUUUUAAUGCCAAUUCUUUUGUGGAAAAAAUUUGAAGAAUUUGAGUGACUUAUUGCAGGUCAUGAAGAUUCAGUGGGUAAGUCAGAACUGAAACUUCAAUAUUCCUGAUUCAUAUUCUUGUGCUUUCUUGAUAAAAUUCAUGGCUUUCAAAAUAACUGAACACUUCCUUUGGGGCCCUUAAAAUGAAACUAUGUAUUUUUACUAAUUAGACUUUCAUUUUUAGACAUUUCACAAUUCUUUGAACUUAAAGAUUUUUCCAUGGUCAUAGUUCCUCGUUAAGUCAACGCAACUGCUAAAAAUCUCACUUUGCUGUUGAAUAUUAACAAUACAGAUUUUACCAGAUUUCUUUUUGCAUUUAAAUAGCCCUCUUGAUUCACUCAUAACUCUUUCUAAGUGCUUAAGUGACCCCCUCACUAGUGAAAAUAGAUGUUCUGUAUCACUGAUUAUAUGUGUAUUCUCUACAUGAUAUAUUUUUUUAAGGAAAAGUAACCCCCUGUGUCUGGAUGAACGAUAUUAUCCUAUGGCAAAGCACAUAUAAAGCAGUUUAUAUCUACUCUGAAAAUCUGGCAUUUAUGGGAACAAAACUCUUUUAGAGUGGCUGGUCAUGGUUUUGCCUUCUUUUGGUACUUGAGCACCUUUCUGUGGUUUUGUAAAUUAGCGUGUCAUUUUGUAAGAAUUUCAUGUUAUUGUGUAUUAAUUGGUGUGCACCUUGUGGUAUCCUUGGCUGACCGUAAUAAUUUAGUUUGGGUAUGGUGUGUUUGCUUUGAAAUGCCUUACUAGACUAUGUCAGACUCUGCUUUAAAGCAUUCCAUGUGUCUGCUAGGACAAUAAGUUGCCUCUCUUGGAUGUAUGCUCUAGAUCAGAAGCAAAACUGAUUUUGCUUUCACUGUUAAGGUUGAAUUUUAGCACAGUCAUUGUUUUAAAUUAGAGAAUAAAAUCGUGGAAAACCAAGGGAGGUUUUAGAACCCCUCAUUUAAUGGCAUGGCAAACUUUUAAAACUGCUUUUACUAUUUCACUAGGACAAUGCCUCUGGUAAAGGAUAUAGCUAAAAAAAUGCCAGCCAAAGCUGUAUGAAAUUGGGAUUGUUUCCUACAAUUUUCCCUAAAUGUCAUAUAGGGAUUUAACAUCUGUGUAUGCUGUUGGGGCUAUGUGCCAGUCACCACUUUGGAAAUCUGCGUUCUGAGGCUAUGUAAAUGACAAAAGUAUCAUGGGAUUAAAACCAAUCAACUGUGGAUUGUGAAAUUGAAAUGGCUCUUUUGGUUUUAUGUUCUUCAGCAUAUUGAAUGGAGAAAUCUGAAAGUUAUUUAAAAUUUCCACUGCUUAUAUUGAUGGUUCAUUUUGGCUGUGUAUCCUCACUUAUGUACUGAUUUCUGAUAAAGGCUUGAUGUUAUUAUAA